GUGUCGCCUUUGUGUCCGCCAGCAGCGGGCGGAGUGAGUUUGGUGUCGCGCCUUCUCCCUUCCUUUCUGCCGCCUCCACUCACCCGCGACCGCCCUCUGAGUGCGCCGCAGGCAAGAAGAGGCCCGAGCAGCUGCGGAGGCGGUAAGGAAGACCAGUCCGCUGUCAGCGGCUCUUCUCCGAGAGCUUCCCCGAGGGCGAGACCCGGGGAUAGAAUGAUGUACCCUCUUGGAUCAGAGCUGUCAAUCACCCCUACAUGUUGCAACCUGUAAAGGGACAGUCUGCAUUAACCAUGACUCUUCUUGCCACUGCUCUGUGGUGUUGCAGGCAACUCUAUACAUAUAUUGCUCAUUUGCUAAAAUGGUGGAGCAGAUACCUGCAGAGAAAAUUCACAAAUAACCAAGGUGUUUCGGCUGAAGCUGAUUUGCUUGGCUACUGUGCAAAAGAAUGGAAAGAAGAAACAGAGCGGGCCAAACACAUGAGAAAGGCUUAUGAAGAGUUAUUUUGGAGACACCAUGUGAAAUAUGUACGGCAGGUCAGGGGAGAUAACUACUGUGUGCUGAGAGCUGUGUUGUUCCAGAUUUUCAGCCAAGGUAUUCCUCUUCCAUCGUGGACAAAGGCAACAGAUGUCCUAAAGCUCCCAGAGAAACUUCUUUAUUCGCAAGGCUGCAACUGGAUCCAGCAAUAUAGUUUUGGAUCAGAACAGUACACGGGCUCCAAUACAUUGGGAAAAUUGCGUAGAUGUAUUGAAAUGUUGAGAAGUCAGUGGAUGGAAGUCAGUAGUAUUAAAGACCCAUAUGAAAGAGGGAACUUGUGCAACGCCCUUUUUGCUGACAAAAGUUUGGAGCACAAACUGUACGAGGCCAUAAAAUUCAUCAUGCUCUACCAAGUAAUAGAAGCCUACGAAUGCUUGAACAACAAGCAAGAGUGCCUCCCAAGUUUUUUUAACCAGCUUUUUGUACGCGAUACCUCCUUGGACCCUUUGAGCUACAUGAUGAAUCAUCUGAACGCCAUAGGGGAGAGAAGAGGCCUCGAUCAGGUUGAACUAUUUCUCCUUGGAUAUUCUCUUGAAGUCAAGAUAACCGUUUACAGGUUGUGCAAGUUUAAUUCAGCCGUUUCCCAAGAAAGCUACACAGACGUGUAUCAGAGGGACUGGCCAGAAGUCUUUCUUCUGACUGAAGAUGACCGUCACUAUCACAUCCCUAUUAUCAGGAUGUAAAUCUAAUUUCUGAGGAUGCUGUCAGAACUGCCUGCCAUCGGAUCCCCCUGUUGAAGAACCAUAAAAUAUCCAAACUUUUUUUUAAGAGUGACUCUAAUGCCAGGCUUAAAACUAUGAUCCAGGCCAUUUCUCAGCUUAAGCUGCCUCACAAGUUGUGAGGGUAACAUGUUUUAAGCCCAUAUAUUCCAUUCUCAAUGUCCCACCUGCAGCAUAUGCCUACUGAUAAACAUCUUUGGUAAUGCCACAAAUUGGAUGUGAGGGUCAGUUCACACAAUAUUGGUUUUGUGUGCUUUUUAAGAUCAGAUCACAUUGGGUGUAUCACACAGACUUGUAAACUAAUAGCCAUUCCUUUUCCCCAGGGAACUAGCUCUGUGAGGGAAGUGGGAAUUAACACAUAAUUUUCAACAAUAUCACCCACUUAAAAUUUGCAGGGAAAUCAUAUAGUGGCAUUGGUAUAAAGCCGGUAUUAAGUUGGUAAUGUAAAUGGGUGCUGUGAGGCUGUGAUCUAUGGACAGCUCAGUUUUACUUAUAUCAGUCAGUAUCGAUUGAUAACUAUACAGUCUCCAGUGU